AUGUCAGAGAUAUCCAAGAGAUAUGCCCUUCUAGUAGGGAUCGACCUUUAUCUCAAUGACGGGUCAAGGGGGUUUUCCAGCCACCGGCGGCUAUCACUGCACAAUCUCCGUGGCUGCGUUAAUGACAUAGAUGCUAUUAAUAAGUUCCUUCAACAUGAGUAUCAGUUCCAAGAUAUUACCAUCCUCACUUCGUCAUUUCCCAGCCACGACAACGAAGACUGCGCCAAUAUGCGUCCGAUUGAGUCACCGGAACACUUACCAACUUUUGCCAACAUAAAAGCCAAGUUCGAUGCCAUUUAUGAACACGCCGUUGCAGGCGACUUCUUUUUUUUCCACUACUCUGGACACGGAGCACGACUUGAGAGACAAAAGAACUCCCCCAUGAGAAACACGCUCUUUGACCCUUCUCUGAUCACUGUGGACUUUUGCUGUGGUCAACCGGCAGUCCGUGGAUGGCAGCUCAAUCAGUGGUUGAGGCGGCUUAACGAAAAAGGAGUCCAGGUGGUCAUCACCCUCGAUAGCUGCUACUCUGGAGGUUCUUGGAGAUCGACUGGUGAUUACACGUCUUUUCGUACUCCAAUCGACUGGUCUCUGGUGCCAAACCUACCUGUUGAUGACCAAGCAGCAGAAACUUUCAACGAGACGACGGAGCGUGCCAGUCGUGACGCAAAGCUAGAAACGUCUUGGUCUAUCAACCCUGAGAGUUUCACGGUCAUGACGGCUUGCGGGAUCAAAGACAGGGCAGCAGAAAGAAUUGUCGACGGCAAGAUACACGGGGCUUUCACGUGGGAAUUGUUGGACUAUUUGAAGAACACUGGUGGCAAAGGAGCAGCAGGAGGGGGAAACAACUUGACCUAUCGCACGAUAAUGGAUCAGCUGAACAUGCGACUCAAGGGCCAGAACCAGUAUCCGCAAGUGUAUGGCCGUGACAGAUUGCUCUUUUUUAGAAGCUCUGAGCCUUUCAGUGCCGCUGUUCUCACUGUACAGCUGCAGGACAAUAACGUCGUUAUCCCAGCCGGCAGAGCCCAUGGAGUUAAUGUAGGGUCUGAGUUUGUGCUGUUUUCGGAAAUGCCGAACCAUACCUUGUCUGUAGACGAGGUCGAUGAGUUUUGGUCCAGUGUGGCGAUAUCCGACAGACUUUUGCCCCUACUGGAACAGCACCACUAUACUGUCAUUUUGUCUCGGUGGAAUCUUGGUGAGGAGACGCUUCAAGUGUACGUCGAUCCCGCGUUUGGCUCCGAUUUCCGAAACUAUUUGCAAACGCAGCUCCAAGACUGGAUUAGCAGCCCGAUAGAGGUUCUUGAGUCAGUCGAGAACCGCAACGACGUGCUUAGACUGGAGAGAUUGGGGGAUGGUGAGGUCAAGAUCCGUGGCCCUGCGUGGCUAACCGGAUCUGAUGAUCCAGUACGACCGUUGGAACUCAGAAAUGACAACAUGAACAGCAUUGGCGUUGAAGCAGCCGUCGCUCUCGCGCACCUCGCCCGGUUUCAACAGAUCCUCCUUCUCGGGAGCCAGAGAUCGCGCGAUCCACUGCCAUUCAACGUGCGCAUCAAGUCGGUGACAGGUGUUCCAAUAAGCACGCGAUUCCCCCUUAACCAGAAGUUUAGAUACACGUUUGAGAACAAAAGUAACGAGGAGCUGCACGUCACUAUCGUGGUUUUUAGUCCCGAAUUCAGCAUCGAACAGCUAUAUCCCCCGAGAGACAGUCCGCAGAGCAUAGGCCGUGGUCAAAAGAAGAGUUUCAAUUUUUCCAUGGCACUUCCCAGCGGACCUGAGUGGACCCAAAAAAUCAUCUGUCGCACGCAUCGUCAAGACAUUGUUCGUACGUUAGUUACCAGAGGAAAGCGUGUCUCCUGGAAGAGCCUGGAACUGCCGAAUAUCUGGGACGCUGGUCAGACUGAGCUGUGCAGAAAGCCGUCUUUUCUACGCGGAGACCCUCUCGGAUCUGAGCCUGCUGCUAUUGAAUGGUGGGCAUACGACGAACAGAUCAUCACUGGUUCAGCUGAAAGCACGUAG